AGUCGGUCGCUCCACCGACUGAGCCACCCAGGCACCCCGGGACACUACUUCUUGACCGGAACUUGCUCUGUGCCCCUGGAAUAGGCUUUGUGGUAGUGAGAGCUGUGAGCGGUCAGAGGUCUCAGAUAAGUAAUGACAGCUGAUAUUUCCUGAGUGCUUACUAUCUGACGGGUACCAUGCUAAACACAUCAAGUGCGUUAUCAGACUCUUCACAACAUUCCCAGGAGGUAAAUCCCCAUUUUGCAGAUGAGGAAACUGAAGCUAGAGAUAGAGAUAGAGUAAUUUGCCGGAGAUCACACAGCCAGGAAAUGGGAGAGCCAAGGCUCGGACCCAGGCAGGCUAAUUGUAGUGUCCAUGCCCCUCAUCCCUCUGCUGUAUUGCCUCCCUCCUAAAAAGAGCAGCUAUCUGCCCCUACCGCCCCCAGCCUGGCAGUGUGGCAGUCGCCAGUUUGUCUCUCAACGUCCUUAGACGCUUCUCCUAACACAACUUCUUGUGUGGGACACCGGUAUUCCUGAAGCAGGGAUGAUUCGGGAGGGGCAAUGGGGGCGGAAUGCUGACUGAGCCCCUCCCCUGGGAUAGCAGGGUAGGUGCCUGGGUUGGGGCAGGGGUGCUGUUUCUGUCUUGCUGACAACAUGUUUCCUCCCUCUGCACUGGACAGAGCCUCCUCUGUUUCUCUCCAUCUGAUUUCCUGUUUCCUCCUCUGGCUUUGGAGUACCUGGGCUCCCCUGACUACCUCUUCUUAACCUCCUACCUGUUCUCUAUUUCACCUCAGCUUGGCCUCCGGAACGCCCCCCGCUGCUGGGCAGUGAUCCAGCCCCUGCUGUGUGCUGUGUACAUGCCCAAAUGCGAGAAUGACCGGGUGGAGCUGCCCAGCCGCACCCUGUGCCAGGCUACCCGAGGUCCCUGUGCCAUUGUGGAGAGAGAGCGUGGCUGGCCUGACUUCCUGCGCUGUACCCCUGACCACUUUCCCGAGGGCUGCCCGAAUGAGGUGCAGAACAUCAAGUUCAACAGUUCGGGCCAGUGUGAGGCUCCCUUGGUUCGGACCGACAACCCCAAGAGCUGGUAUGAGGACGUGGAGGGAUGUGGGAUCCAGUGCCAGAACCCGCUGUUCACUGAGGCCGAGCACCAGGACAUGCACAGCUACAUCGCGGCCUUCGGCGCAGUCACAGGCCUCUGCACGCUCUUCACCUUGGCCACAUUUGUGGCUGACUGGCGGAAUUCGAAUCGCUACCCUGCUGUUAUUCUCUUCUACGUCAAUGCGUGUUUCUUUGUGGGGAGCAUCGGCUGGUUGGCCCAGUUCAUGGACGGCGCCCGCCGGGAGAUCGUCUGCCGUGCAGAUGGAACCAUGAGGCUCGGGGAGCCCACCUCCAAUGAGACCCUGUCCUGCGUCAUCAUCUUUGUCAUCGUGUACUACGCCCUUAUGGCUGGUGUCGUCUGGUUUGUGGUCCUCACCUAUGCCUGGCACACCUCCUUCAAAGCCCUGGGCACCACCUAUCAGCCUCUCUCCGGCAAGACCUCCUACUUCCACCUGCUCACGUGGUCACUCCCGUUUGUCCUCACUGUGGCAAUCCUUGCCGUCGCCCAGGUGGAUGGGGACUCUGUGAGCGGCAUCUGUUUUGUGGGUUACAAGAACUACCGAUACCGUGCAGGCUUCGUGCUGGCCCCGAUCGGCCUGGUGCUCAUUGUGGGAGGCUACUUCCUCAUCCGAGGAGUCAUGACUCUGUUUUCCAUCAAGAGCAACCAUCCCGGGUUGCUGAGUGAGAAGGCCGCCAGCAAGAUCAACGAGACCAUGCUGCGCCUCGGCAUUUUUGGCUUCCUGGCCUUUGGCUUUGUGCUCAUCACCUUCAGCUGUCACUUCUACGACUUCUUCAACCAGGCUGAGUGGGAGCGCAGCUUCCGGGACUAUGUGCUGUGCCAGGCCAACGUGACCAUCGGGCUGCCCACCAAGAAGCCCAUUCCUGACUGUGAAAUCAAGAAUCGCCCCAGCCUCCUGGUGGAGAAGAUCAACUUGUUUGCCAUGUUUGGAACCGGCAUUGCCAUGAGCACCUGGGUCUGGACCAAGGCCACGCUGCUCAUCUGGAGGCGCACCUGGUGCAGGUUGACUGGGCAGAGUGAUGAUGAGCCCAAACGCAUCAAGAAGAGCAAAAUGAUCGCCAAGGCCUUCUCCAAGCGGCGUGAGCUGCUGCAGAACCCAGGCCAGGAACUCUCCUUCAGCAUGCACACUGUCUCCCACGACGGACCUGUGGCGGGUUUGGCCUUUGACCUCAAUGAGCCCUCUGCCGAUGUGUCCUCUGCCUGGGCCCAGCAUGUCACCAAGAUGGUGGCUCGGAGAGGAGCCAUACUGCCCCAGGAUGUGUCUGUCACCCCUGUGGCAACUCCAGUGCCCCCAGAGGAAAAAGCCAACCUGUGGCUGGUUGAGGCAGAGAUCUCCCCAGAGCUGGAGAAGCGCCUGGGCCGGAAGAAGAAGCGGAGGAAGAGGAAGAAGGAGGUGUGCCCGCUGGUGCCACCUCCUGAGCUUCACCACCCUGCCCCUGCCCCUGCCCCUGCGGCCAGUGCUGUUCCUCGACUGCCUCAGCUGCCCCGGCAGAAGUGCCUGGUGGCCGCAGGUGCCUGGGGAGCUGGGGAAUCCUGCCGACAGAGAGCCUGGACCCUGGUCUCCAACCCUUUCUGCCCAGAACCCAGUCACCUGCAGGAUCCAUUUCUGCCCAGUGCCCCAGUUCCCACGGCGGCCUGGGCUCAGGGCUGCCGGCAGGGGCUGGGGCCCAUUCACUCCCGCACCAACCUGAUGGAGGCAGAGCUCAUGGAUGCAGAUUCGGACUUCUGAGCCCGGAGAGUGGGACCUGGGAUAGGAAAGAGCAGCAAAUACCAUUCUGAGGUUCUUCAUCCUCCCUGAGAGUGCUUCCCCAGGAUCUUGUCUUCCAGAGCACCUGAGGGUGCAGUGCCCUCCCAGGAGGGCUCUAUAUGUCUGUCUCAGGGCAGCAGGACUGUGGGAAAGGGCCCUGACAUCUCCACGGGCAGGCCUCAUCCAGGGAAGGACCCUGGAGCUCAGGGUCCUUGUUUCUGCCCCACCAGCUGGAGUCUGGCUGGCAGUAUCCAUGUGCAGCAGGGUCAUGAGAUCUGCAGAGCUUGGGGGCUGGGGGGGCUAGGGGGGCAGUGAUGGUGGAGGCAGGGGUGACAGCACCCAGAGUGGCCUGUGGUAGCCAAUGAGGCAGCCAGGCCCAUACCUGGCAGAUGAGGGCUGGCUGCCCUUCUCUGUGCCAGUGGAUGCCCUUUUCUGGCACUCUCAGACCAAAUGUGUUUAUUGUGUCAUUAGUCCUUUGUCUAGGUGGGGACGGGGCUCCCUUCUCCCUCUUCCAGGUGGUCGUGGAGCUGGAAGUGCCUAUUCCCGUAGGGGCUAUAACCUCUCUUCACAGGUGCCCGGUUGGCCCGACCCCAGGCCAGUAGCCCGUCCUGUGUGCUCCUGUACCCUCCUUCCCCUUUCCCAUUUCAGUGCAACCAGGCCAACCUCUUCCUGUUUCCCUGUUCGUUGAUUAGGACCCAGAACUGCUGCAUGCUCCAUCCCUCCCCCAUCCCCCACCCUUUCGAUGCUGGCUGCAUCUCCAGGUGAGAGACUGGUUCAGCUAUAGAGCCUGGCGUGGUGUAGAAGCGUGUUCUCUCUUCCUCCCGUCCAUCCAGUGGGGGGUGGAUCCUCCGACUUGAGGGGCUAACCUGGGAGGCUGCUGGAGCUUCAGCCAGGCAGGAACGCUUCCUUGAACUUCCACAACUGCUGGGGGAGGAGAUUCCCACCUCUCAUAACCCCUAACUAUGUCUCCAAGGCCCCAAUUUCAAGAGCCAGACAGCAGGAAGCCUCAGGAGCUGGCUGGGUUCCAGAUCGGGGAUAGGGAUGGGGAGAAGAAAUACAAACAGUAAAUAAAAGGUUUUUG